AAAAGUUGGGUGUCUUUGCGGGGAGUUCUGAGGACAUCCAAUAGCGAGUUAAAUCGAAAGGUUAGCAGACAGCAUCGUGCGUGUAGAAACUUGACGAACCGUACGGAACGAACAGAAGGGAAGAAAGCUUGCAAAAGUGAAAGAGGUUCCUCCAUUUGAAGCCCAAAUUGUAGCGAGAGAAAGAGAAAGCAGAGGAGGUUGAGGCCCCGUGACCGCGAGUGUUACAUCGGAGACACAAAGAUACCGAUACAGAGAGAGAGAGUUUCAGAACCCCCCUCAAAAUUCGGGGGCUUCCGUAGUUUCUCUCUCUCUCUCUGUCUCUCUCUCUGUCUUUCCUCUCUCCUUAAAGUUGUAACCCAAUUUACCAAACGCAAAUGUCCAAGAAGAAAGUCAGUGGCAAUACUAUGACGCUCAAGGACUUCCAUGGCGGCUCUAUUCCUACUGAUCUCCCUCUACCUUCUGCCCCUGGUGUCGUUAUUCGGCCUUCGGAUCGUUCUACUUUUGACAGAUCGAAUUCCUGGGUAAACCCGACGGGUCGCUCUGAUCACCGUUCGAGGCCUCAUACAUCUCCGGCGACAAGGCAUUUGGAUGAUAAAGCUCCUUUUCUCUCUGACACUGCACACAUCGGCCGGAACUUCGAUGAGGAUGAGCGCAAGCCCCUUGAUGGUGUUUCUGCCCCACGUCGGACUAUCAGUGAUGAGAGCAUUCGAGUUAACCCAGCACGUGCGGAGCUGAAGCAGGAAUCUUCGCCCACUGGGGCUGGUUUACGUGGUCGGCAGGGAUGGGCUCCCACACCGCAGCCGCCGAGUGGAACGGUGAAUUCAUACUCUGGAAAGGUUAACGAGGUGACCCGAGGAGGAUUGAAUUCUCCGAAUUUAGAUAGCAAUGUUGGGCAGGGUGGUGCUUCUGGGGCUCAUCCUAAUGCAUGGGCUGCGAAGAAAGAGGCUGCAGUUGGUGUUGCUGAGCAGGUUCAAUCGGCCUGGCCUGCACCGAGUGCGGCUUCUAAGUUGGCACAUGCCAGUGCACUUGAAAAGGUGUCUUCGGGCCGCUGGCAGUCGAAGCAUUCCAGCCAUUUUCAGGCAGAUGUUGAAGUUAUGAGAUCUUCGGAAGUAGAGAGUGGUUCUCACUCCAAAAGUGUUAGUAACAGUAGCCAUAACAGGGUGGAUGUGACGGGUGGAGAUUAUUAUGAUGCAAACUUGGCGGGGCAUGCUGAAAGGGGUCUGACUAUCGAUGGCAGUGUCCAGGGGGUUAGGAAGGAGUUACCUGAUUAUGAGAGGGCAAGAGCUCCAUUAAAUUCGGAUGUAAAAGAGAGGAACAUAACGAGUUAUAACGACAGGAGACAACCUGAUCAUGUUGAUGGAAAAUUUAGUGGACCUGAACAUCAAAGCUCAACGCUUUCAGAUUCUACCAUGCGACCUAAGUUGAGGUUACUUCCGAGAACGAAGCCAGUAGAGGGUUUAGAAUCUCCUGUUGCUGAUCACACUCAGGCUUAUCAGCAGGCAACUGAAUCUGGUCGUGCUGAAAAUUUCAAUGAUUCAUAUAGAAAUAUAAGUCCUGCAACACCUGGGACAACAGGUGCUGAGAGUGAAAAGCUGGCUGUUGAGCGUCCAAAGUUGAAUUUAAAGCCCCGGUCACAGCCUCUUGAACAUUUGGAAGGAAAUGUUGAAAGAGACAGGAAUGCAUUGUUUGGCGGUGCUCGCCCACGAGAACUUGUUUUGAAGGAGAGGGGGGCUGAUGAUCCACAUGACUCAGUUCAACAUUCUGAAAAGGUUGAACAUCAUGUUCCCAGAAUGGAAAGGGUUCCUGCACAUGCAAAUGCUUCACGCUACAGUGAGAGAACUGAGAAUUAUCAUGUUGAUCAAAGGAUUGGAAAGAAAGUUGAGAGGAGGGAUAACCGGGCUGAUGUUGAUAGAGUUGACAUGCAGAAGAGGAACUGGCGUAAUGAGAACCGGAGGAUCCAUAGAGACACUGAACGGCAGCUCCAGCAACCUGACAGGCCGCCAUCUCCAGAGACUUGGCGUAAACCCAUUGAAAUGCCAAAACCAUCAUCUACUGACGGUGCUGGUCUUCGCCAUGGGAAAGCGGCUUCAGCUGUUGAGCUUGCUCAAGCAUUUUCGAGAUCGGUCUCUGAUCCAAAUACUGAUCGAUUUUCUGGCCAAAAGGGCAUCCCUGGCCGGGGUCAAUUGCCUUUUUCACGGCUCAUGGGAACUUCAAGGCCUCAGAUUAAUGGUUACUGAAGUAUCCGAUGGUCUCAUGGGCAUUCUGGCACCACUUGUUGGCAUGGGGAUUGAGAUUUUAUUGGGUGAUUUUGUUCAAUUCAACUUAGCGUGGCUGUGUGCAAGCUGAAAGAUCAAGUUUACUAGAGUAGAAUUCCACCAGAAAAAUGAUUUUUCCAUACAAAUUCCAAUUUUCUAGAAUGGAUGGUGUCAUAUUUCUAUCCUACAUCUUACUAAAUCUAUUUGCUUUUAUUUUUUAACGACUGUAAUUUUUCUUACUUAUAAGGAGCACGUGAUGAUACUGCUGCAUAUGUAGUUUAAACCAGAAAAUUGUAGCACGAGUUUUGGUCGCAUAUUUAGUAAGUGCAUUAUUUGGUAUUAA